UGACUGUGUUUGUGUGUGUGUCUCUGUGUGUGUCCCAGGCUAUGCGUUUCUGCUGUUCCACAACGAGAGCUCAGUGCUGGCUCUCCUCUCUGCCUGCGUCGAGGGGACCAAUGAGAAGCUCUACCUCUGUGUGUCCAGUCCCACAGUCCACAGCAAAGCGGUGCAGAUCCGGCCGUGGAAGCUGUGUGACAGUGACUUUGUGAUGGACGGCACUCAGCCACUGGACCCCAGAAAGACGGUCUUCAUUGGUGGUGUGCCCAGACCCCUACGUGCAGUGGAGUUGGCAGUAGUGAUGCAGCGUCUCUAUGGCUCCGUGUGCUACGCCGGCAUCGACACGGACCCAGAGCUGCGCUACCCCAAGGGUGCCGGGCGAGUGGCCUUCUCCAGCCAGCAGAGCUACAUAGCAGCGCUGUCCGCUCCCUUCAUCAGGAUCCAGCACGGGGAAACGGACAAGCGGGUGGAGGUGAAGCCCUACGUGCUGGACGACCAGCUGUGUGACGAGUGUGACGGCUCUCCCGGCGAGCGGCGCCACGCGGCGCUCUUCUGCGGCAGCGUGGCGUGCCUGCAGUACUACUGCACACGCUGCUGGGCCCACAGCCACGCCGCGGGCGCUCGCUCGCACCACCGGCCCCUGAUCAAGGAGGGCGGCGGUGCCGCCGGCGGUGGUGGCUACGGUGGCUACGGUGGCUCCGGUGGAGGCGGUGGUGGAGGCGGCGGUGGAGGCGGUGGCGGCGACUGCGGCCGUCACGACUACGGCAAGAGGACGCGGGAACAGGCACAGCGCUGGGGCUGGGGAGCGGACGUGUGA